UCACAGUGGGUGGGGGUGGAGGCCGCCCUCUGGGGAACGUCACCCGUUAAACUUCCUCUCUCGGCCACACAGGAAGCUGAGCCAGCUCAGGGCCCAGCCCUGCGCAAGCACAGGCCCCCAGGACCCCUGGGGAAGGGCCCCACCGGGCCGGCCCAGCAGGGACCAUGGGAUCCAGAGCUGAGUAAGAGCUGUGCCCUCCCCCAUCAUCUGGAUGGAGAGCCCCAGACCAGGCCUAGGUGAUCCCCCUGCCAUGUUUGAUUGGUUCUUCGAAGCCGCCUGCCCGGCCUCCCUGCAGGAGGAUCCCCCUAUCCUGCGGCAGUUCCCCCCAGACUUCAGGGACCAGGAAGCUAUGCUGAUGGUGCCUAGAUUCUGCUUCCCUUUUGAUGUGUUAAGGGAGCCCCCCAGCCCUGCUGUCCAGCAUUUCACCUUCACCCUCACCGACCUGACUGGCACCCGCAGAUUUGGCUUCUGCCGCCUGAGGGCUGGUGCCCACAGUUGCCUCUGUAUCCUCAGCCAUCUGCCUUGGUUCGAGGUGUUCUACAAGCUACUGAACACAGUAGGGGACCUCCUGGCCCAGGCCCAAGUCUCGGAGGUGGAGGAACUUCUUCUAAAUCUGCUGCAGCAGCCCCUGCCCGGGCCCCAGGCCUCGGUGGAGCUGGGCAGCGGGGUGCUGAUCUGCAGUGCGCGUGGCGUCCCGCCCCCUGGCCCCGGGAACAGCAGGCCGCUUUCCUGCUUCGUGGCCCCCGACUCCGGCCGCCUGCCAUCCAUUCCUGAGAACAGGAACUUGACGGAGCUGGUUGUGGCGGUGACAGACGAGAACAUCGUGGGGCUGUUCGCCGCGCUGCUGGCGGAGCGGAGGGUCCUCAUCUUCGCCAGCAAGCUGAGCACCCUGACGUCGUGCGUCCAUGCGUCCUGCGCCCUCCUGUACCCCAUGCGCUGGGAGCAUGUGCUGAUCCCCACGCUGCCGCCGCAUCUGCUGGAUUACUGUUGCGCGCCCAUGCCCUACCUGAUCGGGGUGCACACCAGUCUCGCCGAGAGAGUGCGGGAGAAAGCCCUUGAGGACGUCGUGAUGAUGAACGUGGACUCCAAUACCUUGGAAUCGCCCUUCGAUGACGUGCAGGCGCUGCCCCCGGACGUGGUGUCCCUGCUGAGGUUGCGCCUAAGGAAGGUCGCGCUGGCCCCCGGAGAAGGGGUGUCCCGUCUGUUCCUCAAAGCCCAGGCCCUGCUCUUUGGGGGAUACCGCGAAGCUCUCACCUGCAAUCCAGGCCGGCCUGUGGCCUUCAACGAAGAUGCCUUCUUGGCCCAGAAGCCCGGGGCGCCCCUGCAGGCCUUCCACCGGCGGGCCGUCCACUUGCAGCUGUUCAAACAGUUCAUCGAAGGCCGACUAGAGAAGCUUAACACAGGAGAGGGCUUCUCAGAUCUCUUUGAGCAGGCGAUCACCUGCAGCGGGGCCUCCUCAGGCACCCUUCGUUCCUACCAGCUUUGGGCAGACAACCUAAAGAAAGGCGGUGGUGCCCUCCUGCAUUCGGUCAAAGCCAAGACUCAACCAGCUGUCAGAAACAUGUACCGCUCGGCCAAGAGCGGCUUGAAGGGUGUGCAGAGCUUUCUGAUGUACAAGGAUGGGGACUCUGGCCUGCACAGGGGGGGCUCCCUGAGGGCCCCAACCCUUACUAGCCGCUCAGAUUACCUGCAGCAGCGGCUGCCUAUCACCCAGCACUUCGGACAGAACCGGCCCCUCCGCCCCAGCAAAGCCCGGCUGGGGGAGAAACCUGAGUCCCUGGGAAAGGGGACACCCUCUCCGAGCUCUAACGACACCCAGGACCCGUGGGCAGAGGAAGCUCUGGACAGCAGCUUCCUGGGGUCUGGAGAAGAACUGGAUCUGCUGGGUGAGAUUCUCGACAGUCUGAGCACAGGAGCCACGAGGAUGGGCAGCCUGCGGCCCAGCCAGAGCUUCAACUGCUGCCACAGAGGGGACCCCGACAGCUGCUUCAGCCUGCCUGACAUACCUGGAAGACCCAGGUGGCAACCAGAUGACGAAGAACAGCCCCAGUCCCUGUCCCUGCCUGGCAGCCUGCCAUCUCUGCAAACACCCCAGCCUUCAGAUGCCACGACCUCCUUGGAGGACCCCACUUCCCAGCCAUCCUUGGAGGCCAGCCAAGAAAUCGUUUUUCCAUCCCAGUCUUCGGCAGCCUCUGCAGACCCCGGCAGCCAUGGGGACACUGCGUCCCCUCAUACAGAGCUCCAAUCUCUAAGCCUACAUCCCUCUCCUCCCCACGAGGCGGCCAAGGACCCAGGAGCCCAGGAGAGCCCCUGCCCCCCGCUCUCCACAGUGCCCAGCCCUCCAGAAAGCCUCCAACUUCUGGUGCCCACAAAGCCCAACUUGCACAUCACCAGGACAUCCCAACCUCUUGAUUGUUCCUCGAAUCCUGGUUCCCCAGAGAACCUCAGAUCCCAGCCUUCCAAGGCCCUGCCAGCAGAGCACGCUCACCUGCAGCCCGAAGAACUGGGAGCCCUCAGACCUCCUGCCUUGCUGGCCAGAACCGGGCAGGAACCCCAGGUCAGGAGCCGGCCUGGAGUUGCUGAGCUUAAGAAGUGUUUUGAAGGUUAAGUAUUGGGGAUCUGGAUGAGACCCCAGUCCCUCAAUAAAGCCACAAAAGCCCACA